AUGAGUACAUUGUUGAAACAACAUCAUGACAUAAUAUCUGAUAUAAUCUAUGUAAAGUCAAUUGCUUUUGAUAAUCAAUUUUAUAUUGCGAAACAACAAAAGACAGGAUCAAUUAAACAUGGUUCACGUUUUUGUCUUGUUUCAAUAAUUGAAUCAAAAUCCGAUGAAUUAAAUGAAUAUUUACAAGAACGUCAAUAUAUGAUUGAUAUAUUUAAUAAUCUUUUAACAAAACGAUUAAGAGCUGAUCAUAAUCUUUCACUCGAUUCAUUUAAACUUUUACGUCAAUUAGGUGAAGGAGGUUAUGGAAUAGUUUUUCUUGCCUAUCAUACAGACACAAAUGAAUAUGUUGCAUUAAAAGCAAUUAAUAAAUCUACAUUAGUUGAAACAAAUGAACAAAAUACAAUUAUUUCUGAAAGACAAUAUGCAUUUGCAUUACAUCAUCCAAAUAUUGUUCAACUUAUAACAAGUUUUAAAGAUAAUGAAUAUGUUUAUUUAGUAUUUGAAUGGUUACAAGGUGGAGAUUUAUAUUCAUUAAUGAGUUAUCAAAAAUUAACUGAACUUCAAGCAAAAUUUUAUUCAGCUCAAAUUGUUAUGGCUCUUGAUUAUUUACAUGGGUGCAAAGUUGUUUUUCGUGAUCUUAAACCUGAAAAUGUCGUAUUAACACAACGCGGUUAUAUUAAAUUAAUCGAUCUUGGCUUAGCAAAAAUUAUUCGUGGUUAUAGUAAAACAUUUUGUGGCACGCCACAUUAUAUUGGUAUUCAUCUUUUUUUAUCCCAAUUUCUAUACUUAAUUAAUUUACGUGUACAAAAAUUUUUGCACAAUAUGUCAUUGUAA